AUGUGGGUGGCAGCCAACCUCUUGCUCACGCUGCUUGCCUCGACGGCAGUGGCGUGGCCAUACGACGAAGAUCUCACCAGCUACAACCUGAACGAGAACAAGACUGCCAAAACACCCGCAGAUUAUUGGGGACAAUGGUCUAACCACCAAUACCACCCGUCUCCGGAAAACUGGCGCUUUCCCAUCUACACACUCUUUCUCGACCGAUUUGUCAAUGGCGACCCCAGCAACGACAAUAUCAACGGUACCAAUUUUGAGCAUGAUCUUUACUCCACACAGAUGCGACAUGGAGGAGAUAUCCAGGGGCUUAUUGAUACGUUAGACUAUCUUCAGGGAAUGGGCAUCAAGGCCAUCUACCUGGCUGGAACGAUACUGAUGAAUCAGCCAUGGGGCUUUGAUGGGUAUUCUGCUUUGGAUACUACUUUGCUCGACCAACAUUAUGGUGACCUCAACGCUUGGAGAUCAGCCGUGACUGAGAUUCAUAACCGAGGGAUGUAUGUCAUUAUCGACAAUACACUCGCAACCAUGGGAGAUCUCAUCGGAUUCGACGGCUAUCUCAACACCACUACCCCCUUUCAGUACCAAGAACACAAAGUUCAAUGGAAGUCAUCUCGCCAAUACGUCGAUUUUGCUUUCGGCAACACCUAUAACGAAACUUGCGAUUAUCCUCGUUUCUAUAACGAGACUGGUUACCCGGUAGAUAACUACGUUUAUGGCAAGUUGCAAGGCUGCUACGACAGCGACUUUGACCAAUACGGAGACGUAGAAGCCUUCGGCGUGUUUCCUGAUUACCAACGUGAACUGGCAAAGUUCGCCUCUGUCCAAGAUCGUCUGCGUGAAUGGGUUCCAUCUGUACGAGAAAAGCUCAUUCGUCAUGCGUGUAUCAUCAUUGCAUCUCUCGAUGUCGAUGGGUUUCGCUUCGAUAAAGCCACACAGGCAACGGUUGAUGCCCUGGGAGAUAUGUCUGAAAGCUGGCGAGAGUGUGCGCGAGCUCAUGGCAAAGAAAAUUUCUUCUUGUCUGGCGAAAUCACUGGUGGAAACACCUUUGGCUCGGUCUAUCUCGGACGAGGAAGACAGCCGGAUAUGUGGCCUUCAAAUAUCCGGGAUGCCGUUUUGAUGACGAACGACUCAUCAGAGGAACAUUUUAUUCGUGGGCAUGGACAACAAGCCAUCGACGGAGCUGCAUUUCAUUACUCUGUUUAUCGAACUCUAACUCGUUUUCUGGGGCUUGAUGGAAAUCUUGCUGCUGGAUAUGACUUGCCUCCAGAUUGGGUAGAGAUGUGGACUCUUAUGCUGCUGUCCAACGAUCUGGUGAAUCCAAACACGGGAAAAUUCGAUCCUCGUCAUUUGUACGGUACAACUAACCAGGAUGUUUUCCGGUGGCCUGCAAUCGAACAUGGCACGGAAAGGAUGCUACUGGGCAUGUUUAUCACGACCAUUCACAUGCCAGGAGCGCCUCUUGUCCUGUGGGGAGAAGAGCAAGCCUUUUAUAUCCUUGACGCUACCGCCGACAACUAUGUCUAUGGCCGUCAAUCCAUGUCUCCGGCUACUGCGUGGUGGUCACAUGGUUGUUUUACGGUGAACGUCACGCAAUACUAUGAUUUUCCUCUGGACAGUGCAAUGAACGGUUGCAAAGACAUCGCCGUCAGCUAUGAUCACCGGGAUCCAUCACACCCAGUGCGCAAUGUGCUCAAACACAUGUUCCAACUGCGACAGAAGUAUCCGGUUUUGAAUGACGGUUACUACCUCCAGGCACUUUCUAAACAAACCCACGAUCUUUUUCUAACUGGUUCCAACGGCACGCCAACGGAAACUGGGAUGUGGUCUGUCCUACGGGGCCGUUUUGAGGGAAUCCAAGAUCUGCUGAACAAUCAAUCAGUAUGGCUGCUGUACCAGAACGACAAUAACACCGUGAACUACAAAUUCGACUGCGGUAGCAACAGUACCAACUCGUCGCUUAUAGCACCUUUUGACUCUGGAACAACCGUCAAAAAUUUAUUUUAUCCUUAUGACGAACAGAAGUUGAAAGCAAGCCCCGUCAAACUAGGUUUGGAGAAGUCGACCGAGUUCAAUGGGUGUCUUGAUAAUCUCACCAUGGUCCCCUGGGAUUUCCGAGCAUAUGUCCCGAAGCAGGCAUGGGUUGGAUCAGAUCCUAUGAUUACACGAUUCAGUCCCGGCCAUGACGCCCGAAUUCUUUCAAGUGUCCGCCCAGAUAAGCCAGAGUCGAUUCCCGUUCAAAUAUCCUUCUCGGAUGAAAUGGAUUGUCAGUCCGUGACAAGCUCCAUCGUGAUCAAUUCUACCACAGAAUUCAACAUCAAUGCUUCGGUCGACCAGUCCACUGUUCACUGCGAAAAGGUAACUCCUGGAUCUACCACCCUUAUUGGGGAAAUCCCGAGUUCUUGGGUCUGGAAAGCCUCGAUAAACAAUGUCUAUAAUGGAAUCCACCGAAUCACUGUUGCCAAUGCAAGUAGCUUGACAAACACACCGACAAAUGCGGUUGACCAUUUUCUCUUUCGAGUUGGUCAACAGGACAACCCAAUGAUAUUCCACACAGCAAAUUAUUCCAGCAGUCUUCUUCACCAAGACGACAAUGGGACUCUUUUUGUGGAACAUCAUGCGGCCGGAGCAGAUAUGUGGCGCUACUCAACCAACUGGGCUUCUUCUUUCUCGGAUUGGAUUCCUUACAAGGGUGGCAAUGAUACUAUCGCCGAGCAGAUCUGGGAUGGAACAUCACUACAGCAAUGGUCUGGGAAACAUGUCCGGGUAGAGUACUUCAACAGAUUGUCUGGAAGUAGUGACUACGUCCAAGAAGGAGAUACAGAUUGGGAUUCUUCUGUCCCCAGAAGAUUUCCAAACCUCUUCUGGAACGGUCCCUAUAAUCAGUACGGAUUCGACGCGGGACUCAAGAACAAGAUGUCCCAGGACCCUGAUAGCGGAUUAUGGAAUAUCAAAUUCCUGACAGAAUGGCCAGCACAGGGCCAAGUCAACGUAUGGGGAAUCAACCCAGAUGGUCAACCCGAUCAAGGAUUUGUCUACGGCGAUGCGGAUGGUGACUCGGUACUGGAUCGACUACCUCCUUCGUCACUUUCGGCUGUCAGCAUUAACAUCACAAAUCCACCCCCAAGACCAUUUCUCGGUUGGAAAAUCCAAAUUCACGAUGGAACUCACAGAUUCGAGCUUAUUCCAGUGGGAUCUGAAAAGGUCCAGAUUGUUCUCUUUUCUCUAUUCUGGAUUUUGCCUAUUCUGACUGCGUCAUUCGGCACAUGGACGUUUAUGAAAUCGUUCUACCGUGUCAAGCUCAAUCAAGUUGGUGUAACCGAGAAGAAAACCCUUUUGCCUUUGGCAUUGCGAAGAAGACUAAAGCGACAAAAUGCCGACGAGGGGAACGCCAGAAAUACAUUGUUACGCCUGGCCAAUCGAUCUGGGUUUCUCCAGGAGACAUCUGCAUUCGCUAGUUCUGCCCAAGGGGACCGCCGACGCAUGGUGAUGAUUGCCACCAUGGAAUACGAUAUUGAAGACUGGGGUAUCAGGAUCAAGAUCGGUGGUCUUGGUGUCAUGGCCCAGCUAAUGGGAAAAAACCUCAGCAACCAAGAUCUUAUUUGGGUCGUUCCCUGUGUCGGAGGAGUUGAUUACCCCGAAGACCAAGUCGCAGAACCUAUGUUUGUGAAAGUUCUUGGCAACUCCUACGAAGUCAAAGUGCAAUACCACGUCCUGCGAAAUAUCACUUUCGUGCUUCUCGAUGCCCCCGUUUUCCGCCAGCAAAGCAAGACAGAGCCAUACCCGGCUCGUAUGGACGAUCUGGACAGUGCUAUCUAUUACUCAGCCUGGAAUCAAUGUAUCGCCGAAGCAAUGAAGCGGUUCCCAAUUGACCUUUACCAUAUCAACGACUACCAUGGCUCAUUAGCUCCGCUAUAUGUUCUUCCCCAGACUAUUCCAGCUUGUUUAUCACUCCACAAUGCCGAAUUCCAGGGCCUUUGGCCAAUGCGAACCCAAACUGAAAAGGACGAGGUGUGCUCAGUAUUCAACCUUGAUGUCGACGUUGCCACGCGCUAUGUCCAGUUUGGCGAGGUUUUCAACCUCCUUCACGCCGGAGCUAGCUAUCUUCGUCUACACCAACAGGGAUUUGGUGCUGUUGGUGUCUCGAAAAAGUAUGGAAAACGAUCUUAUGCUCGUUACCCUAUCUUUUGGGGGCUUAAGAGAGUUGGAAAUUUGCCUAACCCGGACCCAUCUGAUACUGCAGAAUGGGACAAGAGUGUCCCCAAGGACAGCGAAAUUUCGGUUGACCCUGAAUUUGAAUCCGGAAGGGCAGAACUCAAGCGCCAGGCGCAAGAAUGGGCUGGUCUUGAACAAAACCCUGACGCUGAUUUGUUGGUAUUCGUCGGAAGAUGGUCCAUGCAGAAAGGCAUAGAUCUUAUUGCCGACGUAAUGCCCGCUGUUCUUGAAGCCCGACCAAAUGUGCAGUUGAUCUGCGUGGGACCAGUCAUUGACUUGUACGGCAAAUUUGCUGCCCUCAAAUUGGAUCGCAUGAUGCAAUUAUAUCCUGGCCGGGUAUUCUCUCGACCUCAAUUUACAGCACUGCCACCGUACAUCUUCUCCGGCGCCGAGUUUGCCCUGAUUCCAUCUCGAGACGAGCCAUUCGGCUUGGUGUCGGUCGAAUUUGGCCGCAAAGGAGCACUGGGUAUUGGUGCGCGAGUAGGUGGUUUGGGUCAAAUGCCUGGCUGGUGGUACACUGUUGAGUCGACCACGACCUCUCACCUACUUCAUCAAUUCAAGCUGGCAAUCGACAGUGCUUUGAACUCCAAAACAAAAGCUCGAGCGGAAAUGCGUGCCAGGUCUGCCAAGCAGCGAUUCCCCGUGGCACAGUGGAUUGAGGAUUUGGAUAUCUUGCAGAGCACCGCGAUCAGAAUACACACAAAGGAAGUCGUCAGGGCCAAUGGACAAAUAUCUACGCCAACAGGACACCGCACGCCCAGUGGAUCGACUACUCCGGGGAUAUUAACAUCUGGAUCUGGAAUGUCUUUCGGAACGCAGACUCCCCCUCUGCUAGAACCAAAGAGUAUGAAUUGCCCAAGUCUUCGCUAUAGCAUGGUUGGUCCACAGCAGAGAAACACCAUCGUCUACAGCCGCGAUCCUAGUCCAGGGCCCGACGAUCAACAAAAGUCAGCUCUGAGUCGGCAAUUAUCUCUUGGUGUCCGAUCUGGACCUGGCCAUGUUGCAGCCAUUGAACGACGGAAUCGUCUGCGAAGGAAGAGUCACAAUGUAGUGAUCUCCGAUGACGUGACAGACAGCGAGCGUGAGGCCGAGUACGAAAGUGACGACGAGAACUUGAAUUCGUACUUUACAGAAGAUGAAUACACAAUGACUCCUGAGCAGGCUGAGAUUAGCCGGCGAAUGGAUGUGGACAAUCGUCAAUCAUUCUCGGGUCAUUUCCCCGGACCUGGGCAGCAACCCAUGGCCUCGGAUAUGCGGCGAAAUAGCACUUACUAUCCAUAUAUGCCUUCAACACCCGGCACCCCAGACACAGAAGAUCCUCUCAUACCACCUAAUCGGCCGUAUGUCGAGUCUGAAAACCGCCUCAGCAACUCCUCCGUUCUUUCUCUUGAUACCGUGGUAGGUGACAAGAAAAACUUCAAACUACAAAAAGUCGAUCCCUUUUUCACAGACAGCACUGGUGAAUUUUACCGCAACUUUGAAAAGAAACUCGAAGAACUCAGUGGAUCAAACUCAGACUCGCAGCUAUGCAUUGAAGAGUACCUGGUCAAGAGCGAGAAGAAGUGGUUCGAAAGAUUCCGCGCGGCUCGCCUCGGCCGAGACUCAUCACCUGUCCCAUCAAUGAAAGGAAAAGGUCAUUCUGUGUCGCCUACAGGAUCGAUAUCCAAUGGAGACAGCAACAGCGAAAUCCAGAAAGAACCAGAUGAGUUCCUACUUGGUGACGAUUACAAGCCACCAACGGGCCUCAAGAAAUGGAUGCAACUUCGCAUCGGAGACUGGCCAGUUUACUCUCUGUUUCUCGGCUUGGGACAGAUUAUCGCCGCCAAUUCUUACCAGGUUACUCUUCUGACUGGACAGAUCGGCCAAACGCCGGAUGAACUCUACGCUAUUGCUACGACAUACUUGAUUACUUCUAUAUUAUGGUGGUUUGUCUUUAGAAGCUUCAAGUCUGUUGUUGCUUUGUCUACUCCAUGGUUCUUCUACGGUCUUGCUUUUAUCCUGAUUGGCAUAGCGCAUUUUGAGGGCAAUUCUGGACAUCGUGCGUGGAUCCAAAAUGUAGCAAGCGGUGUCUAUGCAACAGCGUCAUCCAGUGGUUCAAUUUUCUUCUCACUGAACUUUGGUGAUGAAAGCGGUGCGCCUGUCAAGGACUGGGUUUUCCGUGCGUGUGUUAUCCAAGGGACUCAACAGUUGUAUGUUGUUGGCUUGUGGUACUGGGGCUCUUCUCUCUCUCGACAGACGCAAGCUGGUGUUAGCAAUGUUCAGGGUAUCAUCAACACCUGGAAAAUCACAGCAAUUACCGUCCCCAUAGCAGUUCUUCUCUGGGGCAUAGGUCUGCUGCUGGCUUUUGGUCUACCUGACUACUACCGUCAAACACCAGGCAAGGUAGCAUCGUUUUACAGAUCAAUCUACCGCCGAAAGAUUGUGCUUUGGUUCUUUGUCACUGUGAUAAUCCAAAAUUUCUUCAUGUCAGCUCCUUAUGGACGCAACUGGAGUUUCUUGUGGAGUUCCAACCACGCAUCGACAUGGCAAAUAUUCCUCUUGGUGGUUUUGUUUUUUGUCUUUGUGUGGAGCAUCAUGCUAGGAAUCAUGUGCUUUCUGUCCAAAUCGCAUAGUUGGAUUCUACCAGUAUUUGCCAUUGGCCUUGGUGCUCCUCGCUGGGCACAGAUCUGGUGGGGGACAUCCAACCUGGGCCAGUAUCUUCCAUGGGCAGGUGGCUAUCUUUCCGGCGCGUUGGUGUCUCGCAGUCUGUGGCUGUGGUUGGGUGUACUUGACUCGCUUCAGGGUGUUGGCUUUGGCAUGAUACUUUUGCAAACACUCACUCGACUGCACAUCUGCUUCGUCCUCCUCGGUGCCCAAGUUUUGGGUUCUGUCGCCACGAUCGUCGCCCGUGCCUCUGCUCCAAACAAGAUUGGUCCCGGAGAUAUUUCGCCUGAUAUAGGCACGGGAAUCAGCAGUUUGUGGGCGGCAUGGUUCUGGAUUGGACUCUUUUUCCAACUUCUUAUCUGUGGCGGAUUCUUUUUGUUCUUCCGCAAGGAACAACUCAGCAAGCCCUGA